AUGGGUAGACCUUCAAAAUUUUCACGUAGCAACCAUAUCGCUCGUUUACGAAAACGACCAAACCUAAAAGAAUGUUAUUAUGCCAAAAAAAUAAAACAAAAGGAAGAAGAGAUCAGUGACUUGCAAGUCGAUAUUCAAAAUUUUCAAAAAUUUAUUAAAGAAGCUGGAGGAAAAGUUUAUGAAGAAUUAAAUAAAUCUCAACGUGAACAAAACAAUUUAUUAAAGUGGAUCGAUGUCUAUACAGAACAAAUAAAGAACCUCGAAAAAGAAUUACAUUUACUUCAAUUGAAAUUCUACACAUCAUCUUCAAACACACAACCGUCACAACCACAACAAAUAACUUCACUUUCACAACCCUUACAACCACAACAAAUAUAUUCACCUUCACAACCAUCACAGCCCUGUUUCCAAACUCAUAUUUAG